GCCAAGCAUAGCGUGGGAAUUUGUGUUUUGGUAUCCAUUUUAUGUUUGUAAUCAUUUGAAUUAAGAAACACAUUGUAUUAAACAAAAAUGUCACGUGAUUUUGCACGUAAAACAUAUUAUAGUCGAGAACGGGAGAGAGAUCGCGAUUGUUAUCGUCAAGAUUAUCGUUUUGAAAAAGGCCGACGAUCCUUGUCUCGGAAACAUAGCCGCAGUCCGCCCCCACGAGAUCACAGGGACAUGGAUAAACGGAGAAGUCGUUCCCCGAGGAAGAAUGAAAAAGACCUGCUAGAUGAAAAUAUACUCAGUGAAAUAUCCAAAUUGCCCGAGCCGAGUGAACUAUGGGACAACCAGAUACAAGAAGGAGGUUUCACAGGACCCCCGCCACAGACAUUCUUACAAGAAGGAAAUAAUUACACUAGCAAUUAUCAGCCAUCAUAUUCUGGAAUAUAUGAUGAUUUUACACCUGUGGCCUCAAUGCCAACUGUACCGCAUCCUCCGGAAGUGGCAUCUUGGAAUCAAAUGUCACUCCCACCACCACCUGCCCCUCCCGUAUAUAAUGUUGAAGAUCAGAUAAAGAAAGAAGCGGCCAUUGAGACCGAAAUGCGUCACCAGAAGGCCGCUCUGUCGAAGCAACGCGAAGAUUACAUAAAGAAGGCGAGUAUUCUCAAAAAGGAACUCGACACGUUGAAGGACCAACGGAGCGAACUGCGCGGGGACUCCAAGCGCUCCCCGAGCCCCGACACCAAAAGAUUUCUCAAAGAGAACACCAAGCUCCAGUUGGAGAUCCAGAACAAACUGAAGACUAUCAACAACGUCGUGGACAUGUUGAACGGUAUCAUCGGCGAGGAGGCACAGGAGGUGCACGAGCCGGAUGAUGUAGACGAACGCACUUCCAAACGUAAAUCGAGGUCCCCAUCGGGCAAGAAGUUCAACUACGUGUACUACGACCCGGAGAUGCACUGGUGUCGCGUGUGCAACGAGUUCCCGCCGACCGCCAAGGAGUACCUCAACCACCUGCACUCGCCCGCACAUCACAAGAUGGCUGCGGCGCACAUGGAGGCUCCGUGGCACUCCGUGUCGGGCGUCAACGAGGGCUUCCCCAGCUUCCCCGCCGCACCCACCAAGCGGACACCCAUCAGAGGCCUGCAGUUCUUCGUGCCGUCGACGGCGUGGUACUGCAAGCUGUGCGACCAGUUCAUCGGGGACCUGCACUGCGCCUCCGCCCACCUCAAGUCCGUCACGCACUCCAAGAACUACACCAACUUCGUGGAGCAGAACCCGCACUGGGAGACGGACUGGAUGUCGGACCGGCAGAAGGCGUUCGAGAAGGCCCGCGGGGCGAAGGGCAAGGCGGACGAGGCGCCGCAGUACGCCGCGCACACCAUCACGUUCAGCAAGGACGGGUUCACCACGCGCAAGCUGUCGCCCGCACCCAGGCCCAAGGGCAAGAAGAGCAAGCGCAAGCGCAGCUCCUCGAGCUCCGACAGUUCCAGCGCCGCCAGCGAGCCCAAGAAGAAGAAGAAGAGUAAGAAAUCAAAGUCCAAGUAUGGCUCUGAAGACAAGUUAAGUGAAUGGAUGUCUUCCAUUCAAGUCGAGCGACUCAACGACAGCGACCGGAAGCUACUCGACAAUAUUAAGACGAGGAUCACCCUCGACAAGCUGCAGGGCGCGCACCGCUCCGAGCCGCGCCGCGACCGCGAGCAGGAGCGCCGCGACGAGCGACGAGAGGAGUCGCGCCGGCGGGAGGAGCGGCGAGAGGAGCGCCGGGAGGAGCAGCGGGACUCGGCGCGCAGGAGUCCGCCGCGGCAGGAGUCCAAGAAACCGGAUAUUCGCAAGAUGCCGUUCAUUGGUAAAAUGCCCGUUUACAAGAACUUGAGUAAAAAUUCAAAGGUGGAUGACGUAAAAAAAGAGGAUCAAAAGAAAAAAGAAGAUGAGGAGGUGACGAAGAAGAGGCGAGAAGAAAUGGACGUGGAAAUACAAAAAAAGGUGGCCGAGUUCAAGGAGAAGAUAGCCAAGGCCCAGCUGGAGCGGCAGCAGGCGGAGCUGGCGCCGCCCAUGCUGCUGCAGGGCCUGCCGCCCGGCCUGCCGCCAGGCCUGCCGCCCGGCCUGCCGCUGCCGCACACCUUUAUGCCGCCGCCCACGCAGCCACCGCCGCCAGCUACCAACGUCCCUCCGCCUACCCUGCCGAAAGAUUUCCAGGAUGCAUUGGACAUCAUCUUCCCAUCGGAGGUGAAGUCCGCUGAGAUGGCGCAGCAGGAGCUGUUCCCCGGGCUGUCCGGUCUGGGCCCACCUCCGGGGUUCCCUCCGGGUUUAGGAUUAGGGGGUGUCAUGCCCUCCUUCCCUCAACUCAGUAUUCUCGGCCAGCCGCCGCCCCAUAUGAUGAUGGGUUUUGACAUGAACUCCCCGCUCUUUCAGCCUCGUCCGCAACUGUAUGACACACACGUCCCGAUAGUACCGAAUUCGAAGCAGAGACAUAAUAAUAAAAAUCGACUGAAUCAAAACAAAAACAACCAGGAGAAAAAUAAUGAUAAUAAUCAAAUUAACACUACGGUCAUGACGAAUAAUAUAGUCAAUGUAACUUCCUACCAAACUGACAAACAGAACAUUGCUGCGGCGGCCACGGCUCGAACGGCGACUCCCACGCCCUCUGUGUCCGCCAAGAACAAGGAGGAACUUGACGACCUGGCCAUGCUCGGCAUAGACGCAGAUGAUGUUGGUGCUGGCAUAUAAAAAACAUUCUGCUUACAAUGUAAGCCUUAUUACAAUUAUUAAUAAAAAUCAAGUAUUUAGUUCAUUUUCGUAUUUUAUAAUAUUGGAGUCAUUAUAUUAAUACAUCUAACACUGCAGUCUUAAAUAAACCAACCUUUAAUGUACAGCCCGGAAGUAGUCAGCCGUAUUGUAUAGCCAUUAUCAUUGGUAAUGUGAAUUAUAUUCAGCAGCACACCAUAUUGUUAAGAUAUACUACUACAACUAUACUCCUACUACUACAUGUAUAAGUUAAUAUUAAUAUCCGUUUCAAUUAUUAAAUAUAGUAUAUUUGGAUAAUUGAAAAGGCUCCAUUUUUUAGUGUUUAUACGAUUUUUUCCAAUACCAAUUGUUUAGUAUUUAGAUAUUUUCAACUUGUCUAAAGUAUUGUUUUGAUAUUCAAUUGUAAAUACCGCAUUUUAUAAGUUCGAAAUGUGACUGUAUGAUACCGUAAAGUUUUAUGUUUGAUUAAAAUAUAUAAAUAAAUAACAUUUUACAAGUUUACAGUGUGACGUGAAAUAAGCUUUAUUGGCUUUGGUAUUCUAAUCGAAGAAGUAAAGGUAAACAAACCUUAUAUUUACGUAUUCCAUGCGAUUUUCUAAUAGUCCUGUUAUAUUAUGCACUUAUUUAUCAUACAACAUUAUCCCAUCUAAUUACUUAUAUACACUUUAAUUUUAUAUUACAUAUAACAGGGUUCACAACACACUAUAAUUAUCAUACAAGUACGACAAUUUCAUACCAACGUACGAUGUACGAUAGUACACUACUAUCGUACGUGGAUUGUACGAUAAUUUCCAUUACGAUGUAAAAUUUGAUAAUUACACGAACCAAUAAUAAGUACAAUUGUUUUUACUGUCAGCGCCAUCUAUUGGCUCAUUUCUUUCAUAGGAGUAAUGGCAGCCGCUUCAUAUCUUGUUUUGAUGCGGGAUGUUGGCAGUUACAAUUUUUCGGGAUCAAAACGAAAAAAAUUGGGCGAUGACGUUUUUUUUUAGUGUACUGCUGAUUUCAACUUUAAUUACAAAUUAUUUCAAAUAUAUUGUUGGGAUUUUCUAUAAUAUUAUUGUAUUUUAUAAUAACUUUUAAGGGCCCUGGUACGAUAACUAGCUGGCUUUAGUUUGUGUACCCUGACAUAUAACAACUUCGUCGACAUUCAAAGAGCAUUUUACUUGCGCGCCAUAUUAAAUACCAUAGAUUAUUCAAGAUCUCGACCAAUGAUAUCGCAUCAAUUCAAUUCCAAGGUUGUUUAUUUGUCUUUACUCCUGUGGUCGGAAUAAGCCAUACAUAAAAUGUGUAUUCCUUAAACGCUGAAAUAUACAGGCAUUUUUUUUUCAAAACAUGAGGACGUUCAAAAAAAUAUAUAUAUCGUACAUCAAAAAUGGCGGAUAGCAAUUAUUAUUGAUGUUAAACAGCAAUUAUAUGGCAUCAUUAUAAGGUUUAGGUAUAUAUAAUACAUAUUAAUCAUAUAAUAUUGCGUAUUGAAAAAUUGACGAAAAAUUUUAUCAAUCUAUGAUAAUGUGUGUGAUAUAUAGUUUUUCUAUUGACUC